GACAUUUAUUGUUAAGUUGUUUUGGGGGUUUGGAUGCUCCAAAGGUUUUGGAUGGCUAACAGCCUAAAGGAUUGGAUUCUUCUGAUCAGCUUCAUCUCUAUCUGAAAUGGCGGCUUGUCCAUACCUUAUACACUAAUGUUCAAAUUCCUCGCCGCCGCUGACCAUACCGCCAGCGGAUCGUACGUCUGCCAUCUUAUAUAAUCUCCAACUAACCCUAGGCCGUAAUCCGCCAUCAACAUCCCUGCUUUUUUUUCUUUGUUUCUCUCACUUCAGCUCUGUCCCGAUGGCCACCGGAGGAGGUAAAAAGUCAGUCUUGAAGUUCGAUUCGGAGGAUGACGUGGCGGUGGCUCUGGCAAAAUACACCGCCGAUCUAUCGGCGAAGUUCAUCGGCUCGAAGAAUUCAUUCACCGUCGUCCUCUCCGGAGGCUCUCUAAUCGACACCAUGAGGAAACUGGUGGAGGCGCCGUACAAGGAAUCGGUGGAUUGGUCGAAAUGGCGGAUCUUUUGGGUUGACGAGCGGGUGGUUCCAUUGGAUAACCCGGACAGCAAUUAUCUUCUUGCCUUCAAUGGUUUUCUUUCCAAGGUUCCAAUUCCCUCUGAAAACAUAUACGCAAUAAAUGACAAGAAAACACCUGAAGCUGCUGCAGAUGACUACGAAGCUCGCCUCAGGCAGCUGGUGGAGUCCGAAAUCCUACCCCUCUCCCCCACGGGAUUCCCCAAAUUUGAUCUGAUGCUGCUAGGCAUGGGACCCGACGGGCACGUCGCCUCUCUAUUCCCAAACCGCCCCCAGCGCCACGAGAAGGAGCGCUGGGUGACUUUCAUCACCGACUCCCCGAAACCGCCGCCCUCGAGGAUCACAUUCACGUUCCCGGUGAUCAACUCUGCUUCGGAGAACGCAAUGGUGAUCACCGGUGUUGAGUUGGCCAACAUGGUGAAUAUUGCUCUGGGGGACGGGGUGCCCCCUGGUGGGGUACCCCCUCCUUGUACCGAGGUUUCAGCUGAGGACGAGUUGACCUGGUUUUUGGACAAGGAUUCAGCUUCCAAACUGUCUUGAAACAUUGAAACCUAGCUAGCUUGCUUGCUUGGAUUGUUGUCAGAAACCAACCACACACACAAUGCCCAAUAAGAUGUAUUUUAGUUGCUACUUUUGUGUGUGUCUUUGUUCUAAGCUUUUGUUUGUGCCCUUGUCCUUCUUGAACCCUGGUUCUUUACUUCUUUUGUUAAACUGUCAUCUUUCUCAAAAUAAUGAUGUUUCUAGCUAAUGAAUUCACAUCAUUUCG